GUUCACACUACACACAGCACAGCUGCAGCUGCUCGGUGGUGCUACUAGUGGUGGUGGAUUCCGGUGUACUCCACCCUGCUGCUGCUCGCUUUUCCAGGAAAUGCUCUUUACUUCGCUCCCAUCUGACUGCUCUGCCUACUGGAAGAGUUAGACACGCUGAAACGGCACAAAAACUACUUUAACACAGGGAAUACGUUUAUUUGGGCACUCUCAAUAGGAUUUAAAACACUUCGCGCGGGUGUUGUGCAGCACAAGUUUUACGGUCAUGUCCUCAGACUAUCCUCCAGGGUAUGACGACCCAAACAAACCACUGUAUCCUCAAGGUGGAAGUUACCCUGCACCCCCACCCUAUGGCUUCCCAUCCUACGGAGGUCCUCAGCCCAAUGCACCUUACCCCCCUGGCCCCAAUACUCACAUGUACCCAGGGCCUGGGGGCUACCCACCAGCUUAUCCAGGGCAGCCCCAUGCUGGCGGACCACCUCCCAUGCCUCCUAUAAUGCCGCCCACCAUCCCUGCAGAUGUAUUAGAGUCUGGUAAUGCUGAUGGCUUUGCAGCAAGUGGCGGUGGAUGGGACACUGUGAGCCUUCGACAUGCCUUCAUCAGGAAGGUCUACAUGAUUCUUGCUGCUCAGCUUACAGUCACCACUGCCAUUGUGGCUGUUUUCACUUUUGUUGACUCAGUCAAGACCUUUGUUCAAGAAAACCAAGCGCUCUACUGGGCAUCAUAUGCCGUGUACUUCAUCACACAUCUGGUGCUGGUGUGCUGCACAGGUCCCAGGAGGAAACAUCCAUGGAACAUGAUUCUUCUGCUUGUCUUUACUUUGGCAUUGUCCUACAUGACAGGAACCAUAUCUAGUUUCUACAGCACAAAAGCUGUGUUUCUGGCCAUAGGCAUCACAGCUGUGGUCUGCAUUGCUGUCACAGUCUUCUGUUUUCAGACCAAGGUCGACUUCACAAAGUGCCGGGGCCUGUUCUGCGUCCUCGGGAUUGUAAUGUUUGUGACUGGCAUAAUCACCGUCAUUGUGCUGUCAUUCAAAUAUAUCUAUUGGCUACAUAUGCUCUAUGCCGCCCUGGGAGCCAUAGUCUUUACAAUGUUCCUGGCAUACCACACACAGUUGUUAAUUGGCAACAGGAAGUAUUCUAUUGGCCCAGAUGAGUAUAUUUUUGCUGCUCUCUCCAUUUAUGUGGAUGUAAUCCAGAUCUUCCUUUUCUUACUGCAAAUUAUUGGCUCCUCAAACAGAUAGAAGUAUUACUGGUAAAGAUAUGUGGCUGCUUUCACACCAUUCCAUGCUUUAAGUUUAUAAUCAACAAGUCACACUAGUAACUUUUGCUUAAAUUGGUAUAACUACUGCAGGUAUGUGUAAUUAACAUCUUAAUUCCGUAGUUUGAGGCAGAGAUUGCAAAUUUAUUUGGUAAUGUUUAAGCCAAUGAAGUCUUGAAUGGAAGUAUUGUAUAACUUUAUGGUUUUCAGCACUGUUUUGCUACUCUUAAUGCUAAUGUAUACAGCAUUUUUAUUUAAUUUUUUUUGCCAUAUGUAAGAUAGCCAGUUAUUGUUUGUUACUGGUUUCAUAAUUUUGUUCUACCAGGUUAAUUUGUGGCUUAAUCCAACAUUCUAUCCAACAUGUAUCCACAUGUAACUCAUACAUUUUAGAUUUGAAUUUGAAUGUAAACUUGGCAUAAGCCUUUUGCUGUAUUAAAUUCUGAUUUGUGUAGAACUUGUGUAUAUAUUAUAUUAAAACAAAUAAAGUUGGAUUUUCUCUCAUACUUUAUUUAGCUUUAUUCUCGGCUGGCCUGAGA